UCUCUCUCUCUCUCUCUCUCCAAGCGAAGAAACGCUACGGCAGGAGGAGCGACAACCAUCAACGGUUGGUUAACCCGCAGAGAGAGAGAGAGAGAGAGAGAGAGAGACGGCCUUCCAAUGUUUUCUCUAUAUUUUCAAAGCAAUGGUUGGUCGUUGCCUGGUUGGUUCAGAAUUGUAGAUCUCCUUCGCGUGGAAUUAAUCAGGAUUUAAUUUCGUAUUUAUGACGAUCUCCACGAAACCACUGUGACCAGCAGAGACCCGGUCCUCUACUGAGAAAAAAAAUGGUGGUUUCUGGGCCCGUGACGCCUGGUCAGGUUUCUUUUUUGAUUGGACUGGCCCCAAUUUUUAUUGCCUGGAUAUAUUCAGAGAUAUUGGAAUAUGGGAAGUCCUCAUUUCCAUCCAAAGUUCAAUUAGAUCCUAAUCUGGUUAAACAAAGAGAUGAGACAACUAAGGAAGAUGAUCGGGCUAUUUUGUUGGAAGGUGGACUAACCAGAUCAGCAUCUGCCAGGCUUCACAAUUCAUCAAUCAGAACAAAUCUAAUCAGGUUUCUAACAAUGAACGAUUCAUUCUUGCUUGAAAACCGAGCAACUUUGAGAGCCAUGUCAGAGUUCGGGGCAAUUCUGGCUUAUUUCUACAUAUGUGAUCGCACAAAUUUGUUUUCUGAUUCUACUAAGAAUUACAACCGUGACCUUUUCCUCUUUCUCUACAUUCUUCUCAUCAUAGUUUCAGCCAUGACUUCUCUCAAGAAGCACCAUGAUAAGUCAGCAUUCUCUGGAAAAUCCUUGCUUUACCUUAAUCGGCAUCAAACUGAGGAAUGGAAAGGAUGGAUGCAGGUCCUCUUCUUGAUGUACCACUAUUUUGCUGCAAUGGAGAUAUACAAUGCAAUACGUGUCUUCAUUGCUGCAUAUGUCUGGAUGACUGGAUUUGGAAACUUCUCUUAUUACUAUAUAAGGAAGGAUUUUAGUGUUGCACGCUUUGCUCAGAUGAUGUGGCGGCUAAACUUCUUUGUGGCAUUUUGCUGCGUAGUUCUUAAUAAUGACUAUAUGUUGUACUACAUCUGCCCCAUGCAUACACUUUUCACUCUCAUGGUGUAUGGAGCACUUGGUAUUUUUAGCAAGUACAAUGAAAUAGGAUCAGUAAUGGCUGUGAAGAUUAUCACAUGUUUUUUGGUGGUUAUCUUGAUAUGGGAAGUUCCUGGAGUUUUUGAUCUUUUGUGGAGUCCAUUGACAUUUCUUUUGGGAUAUAGAGAUCCAGAUCCAUCAAAAUCAAAAUUCCCUCUCUUACAUGAAUGGCAAUUUAGAUCAGGCCUUGACCGCUAUAUAUGGAUCAUUGGAAUGAUAUAUGCAUAUUAUCAUCCCACAGUUGAGAAGUGGAUGGAGAAACUAGAGGAAACUGAAACCAGAUGGAGACUCUCAAUCAAAACAAGCAUUGUUGCAAUUGCUUUACUAGUUGGUUAUUUGUGGUAUGAAUAUAUUUACAAGCUGGACAAGGUUACAUACAACAAGUUUCAUCCUUACACAUCGUGGAUCCCCAUAACUGUCUACAUUUGCUUGCGGAAUUUCACUCAGCAACUCCGAAGUUUCUCUUUAACUCUAUUUGCGUGGCUUGGCAAGAUAACAUUGGAAACCUAUAUUUCCCAGUUCCACAUAUGGCUGAGAUCAAAUAUGCCAAAUGGACAGCCCAAGUGGCUCCUUGCUCUUAUUCCAGAUUAUCCCUUGCUGAACUUCAUGCUUACAAGUGCAAUAUAUAUUUUGAUAUCAUACCGGCUCUUUGAGCUAACCAAUUCAUUGAAGGCAACUUUCAUACCAACAAAGGACAAUCGCCGAUUGCUGCAUAAUUUUGUUGCUGGAGCUGCUAUUUCAUUCUCUUUGUAUUGCAUCUCUUUCGUUCUUCUUCAAAUUCCUCACACUGGCCUGAAGGAUUGAAACUCAUAAACAGCUGAGUAGAUGCUUUGUUGAAGAUGAAAAUUUUGGAUCCAGUAAAAGAAGUGGAACAUAUUGCUUGAGGAUCUGGCAUAAUUACAGCAAUUUUAAAUGGUGGUGUCUCCUCGUCACCCAUCAAUUUUUUUUUUUUUUUUGAAAAGUCUCGUCACCUAUCAUUGAGUCACUUGUGUAAAAUGAAUAUGGAUUUUGUCAACCAAAAAGGGUAAAGUUUUUCUUUCUUUCUUUGUAUUCUUGGCAGCAGUGCACAUAUACCAUUUCUUUUUGUAUUCCAACCUAAAAAAAAGCUCAGGCCAAUAUGGUCAUGUGCUGUAUAGAUCUUCUGAUGUAUCAAACAAUUUCAAGUUUCAAUGUAAUUGAAUUUUCUUUUGGAUUCUUUCUUCCCAACA